AUGGCAGUCUUAGUGUAUGUAGAUGACAUACUGGUUACGAGUCCUGACCUACAUAUGAUUGAAGAUCUCAAAUCAUGGCUUGAUGAUGCUUUCAAAAUCAAGGAUUUAGGGGAACUAGGAUAUUUCCUAGGAAUUGAUGCAAGAAUAGAUGACUCAGGCCUAAAUUUAUGCCAAAGAAAAUAUGCACUUGAUAUUCUAUCCGAAGCAGGGUUCCUUGGAUGUAAAUCGGUUAAUACUCCGAUGGUACAAGGUUAUCACCUUCACCAUGAUGAUGGUACGAUUCUAAGUGACAUUAGCAGCUACAGACGCCUAGUCGACCAUCUUCUCUACCUCACAGCCAUAAGGCCGGAUAUCACUUAUGCCGUCCAACAAUUGAGCCAGUUCAUAGAUGCUCCAACUGACAAACAUCUGUCCGCUGCACACAGAGUGCUCCGGUAUCUCAAAAAUGUGCCAGGGCAGGGGCUGUUUUAUCCAAAAGGUGAAGUUCUACACCUUAAUGUUUUUUCAGACUCAGAUUGGGCAGCUUGCAUAGAGUCAAGGAAAUCAAUAACUGGUUACUGUAUUUUCCUUGGAUCUGCCCUUGUUUCCUGGAAGGCGAAGAAACAGGCGACGGUAUCACGGUCUUCAUCUGAAACCGAAUAUCGUGCGCUCGCAUCCACUGUGUGUGAAGUCCACUGGAUCACCUUCCUCCUUCAAGACUUGCAUGCACCCAUGCAGAAACCGGCAACCUUGUUCUGUGACAACAAAUCCGCAAUAGCAAUAGCCGAGAAUCAUGUAUUCCACGAGAGAACAAAACAUAUCGAAAUAGAUUGUCACCUUGUCCGGGAGAAGGUGUCCAAUGACUUAAUCAAGCUCUUGCUGGUCUCCUCUUCGAAUCAGAUAGCAGAUGGCUUCACAAAGCCGCUUCCCAUUGCUCUGUUUAAGACCUUUACAUCUAAGUUGGGCAUGCAUGAUCUACAUGCGCCAACUUAG